GCGAGAGAGGUGAUCAGUAGCUGGAUGUCCUUGGCACUGCGCUGAGCUGAGAGAAGAGGAGAGGAGUCUAACACAGAGAGAGAGAGAGAGGAGCGAGGAGCCGGGAGACUUCAUUGAACCACGGGAGGCCACGCAGGGAUCCACCGGGAGAAAGAGGACACGGGAUUGUGACAGACAGCUUGGAAUUAGGGGAGACCUGGGAGGAGAGAAAGGGAAGAGCACAGAACACAAGAUAACAGAAUACAGAACACAGACUACGGAAUAUAGAACUCAGAAUACAAGAACACAGACUACGGAAUAUAGAACUCAGAACACAGAACACAGACUACGCUCACUGCAGCUGCUUGAAUCCUGGCAACAACCCCUACUCUCUUCAUCACCUCCAGAAAGCCUCCUCUCCCUCCCCUCUCUCACUCUCACACACCAUCCCCACUUGUUUAUCUGUCCUCUGCUACCCCCUCUCUCUCUCUUUCUUUCUUUCAUUCUCUCCACACUUCCAUCCAUUCCUCUUGUGAAAAUGGAGACCGGGAGCCCGCGCAAGAUUCAGUUCACCAUGCCACUCCUCGACUCUCACCUGGACCCGGAGGCAGCCGAACAGAUCAGGAGAAGAAGGCCGACCCCUGCUACUUUAGUGGCCUCCAGUGACCAGUCGUCACCAGAGAUUGACGAAGACCGUCUUCCCAACCAGCUGUACAAGCAAGCCUUGUUGAAUUCCCCCAGGCAGAGGAGGAAGGGGGCGCGAGGGAAUCCUACCAUGAAAGAGCUUCAGUUCCUGGUGGAGCACCACCUGUAUCGCCAGCAGCAGGGGGCUGACGAGUGCUCCUCGGAGAGCUGUCUGUCGGACCGGCCCAGCCCUGACGCCAUGCCCGCCGGGGAGGAGCUGCCCGAGGACGAGGAGGCCUGGAGCACCGGGGAUAAGGCCACCAGCGAGGCCUUCGAGAAGCUGCGCUGCCAAAUGGAGGAGUUUUCACGGGAGAGCCUGUUAGAGGCUGCUGGGGGUAUGGAGCUUCCUCUGUCUAAGGAGGAAGUGGCCCCUUCUGCCUCCACGGCAACGUCAACACAAAACACGCAACCAGACAGCACCGCAUCUGAGGUGACACAGAAAACCAGUGUGGAAAAGGAGCAGUAGGGUCCUUGGGAAGAUGCCACUCUGUUCGGAUGGGAGCAACCCAUUAAGAUGGGAUCUUUUUUGACUCCAGUUUUGCCUUACCAGAAUUGGAGGAAGAAACCAUUAUGGCAUUUAUUUCUUGUUUGUCAUGUUUGUUUCCUGUUUUGACAGUUGGUUUAUUUAUUUCUAUUCUCUUUUUUUGUUCUAUAUGUUGUAUAACACUUAUUUGCUGUAAGUAAAAUGGUCAAGCCUUGAAAAACAGGGUAUAAUUAAUAUUCCUAAAUAUUUAUUUUGACACGCUGACUUUGUUGUUUUAUGUGCAGCACCUUUUUUUCUGCCAGAUGUUACAAUUUUAAAUAAGUCAAAUAGACGUGAAAAUGUUUAACCUUAAACAAUAAUUGUAUUGAGUUUAUUUUCCAGACAAUUGUCAUAUCGAAUUUAUUUUGCAGGAAAUGUUGAUUUUUUUACAGUUCUUUAAAUCCACUAGUUCUGCUUGCAAACAUGCAGUAUCACUGCAUCUCAGAGUCAAUCCACUGUACUGUCAUUUACACAAGGAGGUAGGGCAUUCAGGGUCUGAUUUAGAUCUGACAGGAGUCCAGCACACCAGAUAUCCAUUUCUAUGCACCAGGGGCCUCAUACAGCUGUGUUAUCUGGUAAGGCUCAGAAUCCAUCAUAGUUCAGAGAGCGUCAAACUGAUCCAUCUGAGCCCCUCGGGGUUCUCAGUGAAAUUCCGACCCAGCUGGAGUUCUAGAAUCUCACCCUGAGAAUUCUGACUCAGCUGGAGUUCUAGAAGCUCACAUAGCCCUGCCAUUCACACCACAAUAUCUCCUGAUC